UUGGGUGACAUCAGUGGGUUUGGCUCCGGGGCUCAAUGGAAACUGGGUGAGCGCCGGGCUGUGCUGAGCACACGCCGGCUGGAGGGACGGCGAGCGGGCGGGAGGCGGCAGGCAGCGCCGCGCCGCGCUGAGCCAGCCGAGCCGAGCUGAGCUGAGCGAAGGAGGGACGCGCCGGGCACGGCCGCCACCAGCCCUCCCCAAUCCUCCGUCAUCCUCCCCGCCGCGGCCGCCUGGCCCCCUGACAGCCGGCGGAGCAGCAGCCCCACACGGCCCCCUUCCCGUCAGGCACGACCGAACCAUGGAGCUUCGAGUGGGGAACAAAUACCGGCUGGGCAGAAAGAUCGGCAGCGGCUCCUUUGGGGACAUUUACCUAGGAGCCAAUAUUGCAACUGGUGAAGAGGUGGCCAUCAAACUGGAAUGUGUCAAAACCAAGCAUCCCCAGCUCCACAUUGAAAGCAAGUUCUACAAGAUGAUGCAGGGAGGAGUGGGUAUCCCCUCCAUUAAGUGGUGUGGAGCAGAGGGGGACUAUAAUGUGAUGGUGAUGGAGCUCUUGGGGCCCAGCCUGGAAGAUCUCUUCAACUUCUGUUCCCGCAAAUUUAGUCUCAAGACAGUUCUGCUCCUGGCAGACCAGAUGAUCAGCCGUAUUGAGUACAUCCAUUCCAAGAACUUCAUCCAUCGGGAUGUAAAACCAGACAACUUCCUUAUGGGCCUCGGCAAAAAAGGCAACCUAGUAUACAUCAUUGAUUUUGGUUUGGCCAAGAAGUACCGAGAUGCCCGAACCCACCAGCACAUCCCUUACCGGGAAAACAAGAAUCUGACUGGCACAGCCCGUUAUGCCUCUAUCAACACCCACCUGGGAAUUGAGCAAAGUCGCCGCGAUGACCUGGAGAGCCUGGGCUAUGUGCUCAUGUAUUUCAACCUGGGCUCCCUGCCCUGGCAGGGCCUCAAGGCUGCCACCAAGCGCCAAAAGUACGAGAGGAUCAGUGAGAAAAAGAUGUCAACGCCCAUCGAGGUGCUCUGCAAAGGGUACCCUUCUGAGUUCUCAACAUACCUCAACUUCUGCCGUUCACUGAGGUUUGAUGAUAAACCUGACUACUCCUACCUGCGGCAGCUCUUCCGCAACCUCUUCCACCGCCAAGGCUUCUCCUAUGACUAUGUCUUUGACUGGAACAUGCUUAAAUUUGGAGCAGCCCGGAACCCUGAGGACAUGGAUCGGGAGCGGCGAGAACACGAGCGCGAAGAGAGGAUGGGGCAGCUCCGGGGGUCAGCCACACGAGCACUGCCUCCUGGCCCGCCUGCUGGAGCCACUGCCAACCGUCUGCGCAAUGUCACUGAGCCCAUGGCCUCCACCCCCACCUCCCGAAUCCAGCAGUCCGCAGGAAACACAUCCCCCAGAGCGAUCUCAAGAGUGGACAGGGAGCGGAAGGUCAGCAUGAGGUUACACCGAGGAGCUCCUGCCAAUGUCUCUUCAUCUGACCUCACAGGGCGGCAAGAAGUGUCACGGAUUUCAGCGUCACAGACAAGUGUGCCAUUUGAUCACCUUGGGAAGUGAAAAGCAAUUGCCACUGGACCAGUGUUUGCUUAGUGUCUUCACUGUAUUUUUCUUUUAAAAAACAAAAAACCCCAAAAAGAAAAAAAUUUAAAAGACAAAAAAACAAACAAAAAAAUGAACCCCAAACCACCUGACAGAAUUUCUUUUUUGCCAACGAGGAGGAGUUGAGCUGUGCCCCCUGCGCUGGUGUCAACCGCUUCUGAGGGGGCUGCCUCUAUCCCCCCAGCACCAGCGCCUCGAGGAGCUGACGACGUGGGAGCCAUGUGGGAAUAGCUCCGCUUCCCCCCACCCCAGCCCUGCAGGGCCCUAUCCCCAGUCCCUUCUCCUGACCCUCUGCUCCUGGGUUUGGUUUCUCUCUUUUAUUAUUUGUUUUGUCCUUCUUCCUGGGAUAUCUUCUCAUAAUUUUUUAUUAUCAUUAUUUUAAAAUCAUAUGGUUUCUAGCCAUAUAAAUUUUAACUUUGCUCUCCUGUUUUUUUGAGGGCAGGGGCUGGUGGGGUGUGGGAUUUUUUUGUUUUGUUGUUCUGUUUUGUUUUUUUUUUUCCAGGAGCUUUGUGGGCCAGGAGGGAAUCAGAUUCCAGCCACACUUGAUGGUAGAAGUCUGAUUUUAUUAUUUUUUUUAAUUAUUAUUAUAACAGAAUUUAUUUUCUCAAGCAUUAAAUGAAUUUUAAGCUGUGAGGGGAAUUGUGGCAACAGCCUAAUCAUUGACUCGGGCUUCCUUACCUUGGGUGGCUUCUCUGCGUCUUUGUUUCUUCGUCUGUUGGGAGAAGUGCCGGACUUCCCUGAUCUGAGCAGUCCUCACGCACCGAGGAAUCUUGAUGGAGAGGCAUCUGGUCCCGUGGAGGAUGGGAAGGCUGGAGCUGAGAUACAGGGACAAACACACUUCCCAUCCCUGCAGUGGGGUCUCAUUUUUUUUUUUUCCUUGUCUGGCUGUGUGUGGUUUUUCUAUUUUAUUUUUUAUUUUUAAUUAAAACCUGGUUUAAUUCCUGCGGAGAGAGCGCGGGACUCGAGGAGAAGAGAGGGGCGCACAGAAACUGGAGUUGGGUGUUCUUUCAGAGCGAUGGCUCUUGCUCUCUCCUUCCCUCAUGCGACCCCGAGUAAGAUCCACCAUACAUGCACAAUCCCUAGCUGCCCUCUCCCACCUGUCUCCCUUUCCCUCUUCCCCCCCUACUUUAGUUGUUUUUUAAAUAUAAUUUAGGAAUACUCAAGCUGCUUUGUGGCACUUGGGGCUUUGAAACACAAUGAUCACCACUGCGACCUAUGGCCUGUAGCAGACACACAGUCACUGUAGUGUGGAGCCGAUGGGUUGUUGGCAGGGUGGGGAGGGAGGGGUUAGUCUUUGUUUUGUUUGUUUUUAUCCUUUCUAUUUAACACUUUAUUUUUCCUCCCUAUUUUUUUCCUAAUUUAUUUACCCCUCUUACUGUCUCUUUUUUUUUUUUAAUUAAAGAGCAAAACUUUUUAUUACUUUGUAAUUUAAAAAAACAAACAAAAAAAAACCUGAAGAACUUUGGGGGGGAUUUUGUACUUUUUUCCUGUGUAAAUAUUGGACUUUUUUGAGCUUUAUCGUGGUUGUUAAUUUGAAGUAAUAAAGUAGAAAAUGAUAAAGUGA